AUGGUGUUAAAAUUAGCUACUAUUGCUUUGGGCCUGCUCCAGCUGGCUAUAAGCCUGCCUACUGAAUCUGUCAAUACUCUGGAAGACCUUCUUAUGGUCGAUGACACCAUAUCCGUUGGCUCAUACGUGAGAGAAACUAGAGCUGCUGCCCCGGAUGACUGGCACAAAUCAGUCCAGAACGAAGGUGAUGGUGAGAUAGGCUACUCUCGCAAGAAGUCAGGAGGUGGUAAGAAAGGCUACCAACACUUCGACUCCUACCACAAGAAGGCCGGAGACAACUACGAAUUUGAGAAGCAGGAUUCUUAUGGCCAGGACGAGAAGGGCCAAGAUGGAGCCUACAGCAACAACUAUGAGACCUUAGCUGAAACAGAGCCAGAACAUUCAGAGUACGAAGAAGAUGAGCGACCAAGAAAGAAGAAGCAGAAACAGCACAAAGAUGUAACACAUUCUGAACUAAAAGAGGGUUCUGAUGAUGGCAACGGUGGAGUUGAAGCCUUUGGACACGAUCCCAGGGACUACGUCUUACCCGAAAAAUACACUUGGGGUGAAGAAGACUCGGAAUAA